AUGGACGCAGAGGAGGUCAUAAAGCUCUUUGAUUCGUGCUGGUUCGGAGUCGAUAUUUUCGAGAAACAACCAAAUCUACAGGAUUCAUCCAGUUUUGAGGCAAUCCCAGAAAAUCAAAUUCGGGAAAAACCAAAAAAGCCAGAGCUUUUGCGCAUCCCCACUCUCCAUAAAAGGUCCAUGAGUGAUCAAUUGAGCUCCAAAGCAAGCUUCGACGAUGGCUCUCUGUCUCCAGAUUCGGUCCUCCUCACGUCAAAGCUCCAAAUCAUCCUCUCGGGAAAAGAAGUCACGGAACCAGAGGAAACUAUACCGACAGAUUUCGAAGUAUCAUCCAAGGAAAAGGUCACAAGUAACGGUAGAAAAAAGAGGGGCGAAACGAAGAGCUUGUCUGACCUUGAAUUUGAAGAAUUAAAAGGGUUUAUGGAUCUGGGUUUUGUUUUCUCAGAAGAAGAUAGGAAUUCAAGCUUGGCAUCACUCAUUCCGGGGUUGCAAAGAUUCGGAAAGAAAGAUGGGGAAGAAGAGCCUGUUCAUGAUGAAACUGCAACUUCAAGGCCUUACCUUUCGGAAGCUUGGGAGGUUUUGGAUAGGAGAAACGCGGAGAACCCAUUGAUGAAUUGGAAAAUUCCAGCAUUAACAAACGAGAUUGACAUGAAAGACAGUCUAAGAUGGUGGGCUCAUACUGUUGCAUCCACUGUUAGAUGA